UCGGGUCGGUGGGCAGCGGGCUGCCGGUGAUUGACCAGCUUCUCUCCCUGAUCUGUCAGCCGGCUGGCUUGGCGCCUCCCCUCUCCUCUAUAAAUGUAGGAAAUCUAUUCAUUCCUUUCACACCGAGCGUGCUGAAGUGAGAGGAACUGUGAGGCUCCACGGGAUGUUUUGACAGACUAGAAUUUCGCCUUUUGGUUGAUCUUCUUCUCUCGCUAAUUUGAGGCUGUAUUAAAGUGGCAUUUGCCGUGUUUACAGCGCCGUGGUAAUCUCUAAUUCCUCUUGCUACUAGUAGUGUAAUUGUUCGAUUUUUUUUGUUGCCUCUCGCUGAGCGGUUGGUUAUCUAAGAUGAAGGCUGUUACUCCAGUCCGCCCCCAGGACUCCUCCUCCACCAGCAGCCAGCUCUCCAUGCACUAUCUGUCGAAGCAGAGCCUCAACAUCGCCCGGUGCAGGAUGGAAGAGGAGGAGCUGUUCUGCCUGCAGUACGACAUGAACGACUGCUACAGCCGACUGAAGCGCCUGGUUCCCACCAUUCCGCAGGAUAAGAAAGUCAGCAAAGUGGAGAUCCUCCAGCAUGUCAUAGACUACAUCCUGGACCUGCAGCUGGCCCUGGAGACGCACCCUUCUCUCCAUAAACAACAGCCACAGCGGAGCGGGACCUGCCCUCCUCCAGCCUCAAACCCCAGCCGGACACCGCUGACGGUGCUCAACGCUGACCACCACCAGAGGACGUCAAUAGUCAAAAAGCCGGAGGACACGAUUUUAUGCCGCUGAGACAUGAGCACUGCAUUGGUGUGCAGGCUGCACAGAGCUGCUCCAAAGCCAGCAAAGCUUCGCCAGGGACUCACACCCAACUGGAGGCACAAUCACAAGGGGAUUUCAAAACCGCUGGGAGGAAUUAAACCCAAAUAAAGUCACUAUUCAUAUAAGCUUUUUUUUUUUUUUUUGGUUCCAUUGAACAAGGAAUCACUGUGUAGACAUCUCCCUCUUCUUCCUCCUGUUUAAGUUGCUCUAACUUUACUUCUUCCCACUUAAAAUUUUUCUAAAAGAGUGAAAAUAUGGAAUCCCCACGUGGAGAAGUUUUGUGUUGGAAACUUGUCUGUCAACAGCUAUGAAAACUGUUUGUGAAUUGUGCUUAAAGAAUAGUUAAAAAUGACUCCAGUUUAAAGCUUUACUAAACUGCGAAAAUCAUUGUACAUGUUUUGUACAUCUAUUGUUUAAAAUAGAUGAUUUGUGUUGGACAGGGAUUUAAUCCCUGGAAUCUUAAAAUGUUUCAUAUUGUAAAGAAGAACAAUUCUGAUUCGAGACAAUUAAGAUUGUACAUAAAGAGACACAAAUGUUCUAUAAAAGUAUGUGAAAGGAAUACUUAUAUGUUUAAAAUAGACUAUUGUAAUUAUAAGCUAUUUUUAUUAAAACCUUUUUUGUCGUUAUGUAAAUAUUGUGUUUCCACGUUAUGCUCUGCCAGUAAUGUCCUCACAUGACGAUAUCAGUUAACUCUUUGCAGUGUUUUGGAAUAGUUGAAUAUGUAGCAUGUCAGGCUCAUUGCAGAGAUGUUGAAUGUGCACUGAAGCAGCCCUCCGUGUGUAGAUAUGUGGUGGAGUUCAAUACAAGUUCUUUUAUGAUUUGGCCUGCUCAGCUUUCUCUUGAGUUGUUUUGUAUUCAUUAACUACGACAGCUUUGACCUGCUGGGAGCGAUGGGUCGCUCUGCUAUUUGAUCUGUAACAAAAAGGCCUGAUCUGAUUGUGUUACACCGCACUCCUGUUCAAAAAAAUGAAUCUGAUCGUCACAGCACUUUGACAGUGUUUACAAUAUAAUACAUCAAAAUCACUGCAACACAAUGUCGCUGUUCUAGGGGAGUUAAUGAUUGACACCAUGAAACCAUGAAACUUUGGUUAUGAACUGAUGAAAUAUGUGAACAUGAAGAGACUCUUUUCGGACAAACAAACAACUGUAUUCAGACAGGCCGUGUCUUUAAGUAGAUAUGAACUGAUUUCCCUGUCGGAGAGUCAGCAGCCGUUGUUAAUGUAAAGAAAAGAAAGCCUUUAUUUUUCAUGACAUCGAACACCGAAUUUACCUCACCACCCUCCUGCCAGUGUGAGAGGGCACUUGUACAUUACUGUCAGCUGCACUGUUGGACUUGACCUUCACUGGCUUGUGAGGAGUUGUCAAAACAAUUAAAGUUUCCAGGAAGAA